UAACUGCUGUCUAGGCCGACUAUUGAAGCAUUAACGUCUAGAACACUACUCGUGCAGUGAGGAACACUGAGCGUCAAUCAUGAUAAAAUUAUUUAUGCUACUUUUGCAAAUAAUGAUAUCAACUGAGGCGGUAACACUGAAUGGAUCGUCCAAAUACGCCAUUCCUGGGAAAGAUUUUACCCUGAUAUGUGACGUAACGGAUGAGGCCACCAGCGUCAGUUUUUAUCGCCGUCCCUUGCAGACUCAAUCUCCACAGGAAGUACAAGUUAUAGGAGAUCAAUGUUACAUAACGGUCAAUGGAAAUCCAGUACUCUGUACACCGGAUGUAUGUUCGUGUCAAUCGUCAUCCUUUCAGUACGCCAGUCUUUUUCGGUUGGUGAUAAAUCCUAUCCCUGGAGACCAUCACUCAAUCUGGUUCUGUAGACGUCAGAAUGCUAAUCUGACGAAUGAAUUUGAGGACAGUCCUGACUAUCAACUGCUUGUUUUAGAACAAGUGACCAGCGUUAGUCUACAGAUCCAACCCCCACCUUUAACAGAACACCAGACCAUCCCCUUGAGGUGUGUAACCAGUUCCUGUCGACCAGCCGCCAGUGUGCUGUGGUCAGUUGGAGGGGUAAACUUUACAUCAUCCAGUACAUCUUCUAUAUCUCCUGCGUUCCUGUCCUACGUAACAGUGAGUAGGCUGACCCUGACACUGACCAAAGCUAUGGACGGACAAUAUGUGGUUUGUUCUGCUUACAACACGGUUAGCAGCAUUGUCUCGGACACGACUACGCUUGCUGUAGAGUAUGGUCCUGACACAUCCGUGUCUCUGUCUGCGACUGAGGAUACCUACACGGGAAAUGAAGGGGACACGUUACCAGACAUCACCUGUGCAGCGGACUGUAAACCUGGCUGUACCUUUGUCUGGACACGACCGGACAACACCAACUUUACUGCCUCACCUGUGUUGUCACUUGGACAACUGGACAGAUCAGAACGAGGAGCAUACGUCUGUACUGCUCGAAAUGAUAUUGGCGAGUCAAACAAAACAUACAGUCUCUAUGUACGCUAUCCUCCAAGUCAGCCAUUGAUCACUCCGUUGUCCGCCAGCUAUCGGCAAGGAGUCGACGAAUACUCAGUUCUGCUGUGUAGUUUCACCGAAGGUUUCCCCGCUCCAGCGAGAGUUGAAUGGGUCGCUCGAGGUGUAGAUACCGGGGUGACGACACCAGCGGUUAUACUCUGGCCACUUCGUCAAUCAGCCAAUGGAGAGGAGUAUUUUUGUCACGUGAGGAAUGAAUUUACGGACAUCAAAGGGAUUCAACUCAUCUCACCUACGUAUUAUUUCAACGUUACAUGUAAGUAUUAAUAUAAAAGCAUAUAAAGAAAUAUGCAUUGUAAUGGAUUGUAUGCUUUAGCUUUAAAUAAUGAUUAGCAUUGUUAUAAUCUAUUUGACAUUAUGGUAAUAUAUUAAGCAAUUGGGUAAAGGUAAAUCUUCAUUAAUUUUACCUGCAUUUGAUACAAAGUAUUGUUUCAUUUAAAUUACAGCUUUCAUCAUCGUAUGAAGCAAUCGUAUAAUGAAAUUACAAAUUUUAUUGAAAUCGAUAAUCACAUUCAUAUUGUUUUAUUUCAGAUCGCACUAGUGUUUUUAUUCACAAUUAAUCUCUGCAUCAUAUUUUACACAUCUAUUUAAAGAACAAAAUGUAUACAGACACAUUCGUGUGUUUACCUUUGUCAUUGUCUCGUUUUGUGUCGUCUCUGUCCAAAUCGUACAAUGUUUGUCUUUGUUUUUGCUGUUUGUCUUUAAUCAAUUUUACAGCAUAACGUCAGUGUAAUUUGUCAGAAACGUUGGUCUCGUGUUAUUGAGAGUGUGGGACAGUGAGCGAGUGUAUAUGCAUUUGAUGAACUGCGUUGGGUUGGGGUUUGUUUUUGUUUUUUUUUUUUCUUCUAAGAUUAGGAGAACUGAUCAAUGAAUGGCGAUGACUACCACAAUUAGAAAGUCAUGAUAAUAUCCAGCACGGGUCGUACAGCAACGAGCUGAUCGGGCAUUGCAAGAUCUCAAUUAUCCUAUCGGGCGGUUUACUUGCAGUUUCCAGGGUAUUCUGAGAUAAAGAAGUUACCUAACAAAAGAAAAUAUACGAGGCCCGUCCCGAUGAAACGAAGAGGAAAGGGUAAUUCUCAGACUAGAGGGCGUCACAACCUUGUUUUUAUAGGAAACACGACCCAGCUUGAUGAUGGUGAAUUAAAUCAGGAUGGAAGCAUCUCCCCAUCCAUCGGUGUUUCAGCGGCAUCAAUGUGGACAUCACUGAAAUGAAAAAAAAAACAAAAAUGCGACGGAUUAUUUUCAGAUAUGAUAUACAACUCAUAUUGUUGGAGUAAAACAUAAAACUAUAUUUUAACAUAUAUCAAAUGACUUUACUGUAAAUAAAUACAAUUAAUAUCAACAUAUAAGACUGUGAAAUAAGACGCUACAGGGAAUCAUUGAACAUCGAUAUGCCGGCCCUUUAUCGUCUAUAAAAGGCAGAGAAUUGUCAGAAAAUUGAAGUGAAUGUUGAUUUCAUGUUCCUUAUAUCAAUCUUACAAUAACUGUCUCUAUGGUAUUACAUUGUAUAAAGAGAUGUAUCAAAGAUAAUAAAGGAAUAUGAUAUGAA